AUGUAUAACCAAGAUUCGGCUUGGCUAUUUUUGUUUAUUAAAUGAUUGUAAUAAUCUAAUUAUUCUUCUAGAAAUAAAAAAAAAAUAGUAUUUAGAAACCUAACAGGUUUUCUUGAAUUGAGAAGCGACUAUGUAUUCUAACGACACUGAAUUAAAAGAUUUCAAAUAAACGUUAAUUGUUAAUUUUUAGUCAUAAUGAACUAUAUUUAACGUUUAUUUUGCUGUAAUGUUAAUACGUACUAUAUUGAUUAAAAUGACAUGAUUGUAAGAUAAUCGGGUAAAUCGGGCGCCGCCGGCGUCGUUGCCGGAGACAUACAAUGGAGGCGGUGGCGCCCGCGCCGAAGGUCGUCUUAUUGCGUCUAAUUUCAUUCUUUCCACGCAUUGUCGUAAUCACUGUAGCUGUCGAAUAAAGUUAUAUGACUACAUACCAGAACUGCACAAUAUGACUACAUAACAGUAUUAAAUAUAUUUUUUAUUCUAUCUAUUCGGAAUACGAUAUGUUUUGUUUAUAAAUAAUUGCGAGUAAAAAAAGUGUUUUUUCUCCAACUUCAGUUCAUCCCAUUGAUCACUGAUGUUACCUGCUUUGGUGGGUCCGUUGGCGAUGGGAACUAUGUUUCUGCUGUCUCCGCUUUCGGGAGUUUUAACUGCACUUAUGGGACUUCGGAUGACAGCGGUACUCGGUGGAACUAUAGCAACUGUAGGCUUGCUUAUAUCAUCCUUCGUUGUGAACAAUGUCAAUGCUCUCUAUUUUACCUAUGGAAUAAUGUAUGGCUUAGGAGCAUCCUUCGCUUAUACUCCCUCUCUCGCCAUUCUUGGACAUUAUUUUAAAAAGUAUUUAGGUCUAGUAAAUGGUAUAGUUACUGUUGGUAGUUCCAUAUUUACAGUUUUUAUGGCAUCUCUCAUGGAGUAUUUGAUAAAUAACUAUGGUUUAUUAUGGCUUUUCAGAAUAUUAGCUGUCUUUACUUUUGGUAUAGCACUUUGUGGAUUAUUAUUUAAUCCUAUUUCUGUAAUUAUUCCCGAAAAACCAAUAAAAACAGAUGAUUCCUAUAAGACGCUAGUAAAAUCGAUAUUAAAUGUAGAUAUUUGGAAAAAUAAACGAUAUACGUUAUGGGCACUAUCAAUGCCUCUUUCCUUGUUCGGAUAUCUAGUACCGUAUGUUCAUAUCAAGGCCCUUAUGAAAAAUCAUUUUCCUGAUGCAGAUCAUAAUUUACCACUGCAAUGUAUAGCAGCGAUGUCUGGUGUUGGGAGAAUAAUUGUUGGUUAUCUUGCUGACAAAAAAGGAGUAGAUAGUAUUACGUUGCAACAAAUUUCAUUUUAUGUCAUCGGUACCCUCACUAUCAUUCUGCCGUUUGUAACUAAUUUUGGUCUAUUGGUAACUAUUGCCUUUGGUAUGGGUUUAUGUGAUGGCACAUUUAUUGCAUUAAUUGGACCAAUAGCGUUUGAAUUGUGUGGCAAUGUGUAUGCUGCACAAGCGAUUGGCUGUAUGUUGGGACUUUCUGCAUUUCCAAUGUCUGUAGGGCCCCCGGUAGCGGGUUAUCUUUAUAGCAUUUACAAUUCUUAUAAGUUACCUUUCAUCCUUGCUGGCAUUUCUCCUUUAAUGGGAGCAAGUCUUAUGUUCGCAAUUCGAUUUCAUAAAAACAAACAAAAUUCUGAAGCCACUACAAACGGACAUUUAGGACUGGUCCGAAGGGAUUUUGAAAAGGAUCCAGAGGCUUAAUAAAAUUUAUUUAUUAUUAUUAGUAAGGAUUUUAAUGUGAAUAAUUUGUGACAUAAUAAUCGAGUAGAUAUACAAAUUAUGUGAUAUAUUUUGACAUCCAUUGAGAGUGCCUAAGGAAUUAAUUGAGUAUAGAGUGGAAAUUGUUUGCUAAAAAUUUGCCUAUUGGCGGUAUGGGCUGUGGUAUAUGGUAAGUGAAGGUAAUUAAAUGAUCGUUUGGUUCUGACUUUUUUAAUUGAAAAAAUAAAAUGCAAUUGUAAUAAAAUUAAAUGCCAAGUAUUUAUGUCAUCUGGUACAACGAAAACUUAAAUUUGGAAAUCAUUCAGUUUUAAAUUGUGUACCUAUAGAUCUCAAUUGUAAAUGUAGCAUUUUUGUUGUUUUCAUUUGUUACUUUUAACUUGCGCGGUUUUAUAUUAUCUAUAUGUGGAUUUGAAUCAACACGAAUAUAAAUAAAAGGAAUAACUAAAUACUAUUUAGUGCACUCUGUGUCUUGGCUGUAUGGUCGUGGUGUUUAGAAAAAGCUGAAAGACUACGUAUUGUAGCCAUGACUAGUAUAUAUAGAUAAACUAUUAUUAAUUACUACUAUAAUCAAAUCCCACAGGCUUUUUCAGCACAGCAUUUUCGUUUCCAAUAAUCCUAAUUAUUGAAAAAGGUAUAAAUUGUACCUGUUAUUUAAUUGCGAGAUUUAUAUAUUUCUGUAUAAUAAUAAUUGAUAUUAAAAGAAAUAUAAUUAUAAAAUCCUAUACAAUUUGUUAUGUUAAAUGUUAAUUUAAACGCAUAAUAAUAUUUUUGUACGCAUAUUUUAUCAAUUCUGAGCCAAUUUUUCUGAUUCUUUUUUUAUUGAAAAAAGUAAUUCAUUAUUUACUUCUGUAGUAGUAACAAUUUUGACAAGAUUAAAGUAGGGAUUUUGAUCGAAAUAUGAAAUUAUUAAUAUUAUAUAUUAAAACAUAUUUUAUGUUAUUUUUUGUACAUUAUUUAAGGCCGAUUUUUCAAUAUUUUAUUAAGGUGAAGAGUACUUAUUGAAAUAUAUAACCAUAUGUAUAUUCAUAGACUCACAAGCACGCCUUUAUUUUUAUACAAGUACAACGUUUAAUUCAUCAUAAUAUUUAACUACCGUAAUGAAAUUGAAAGAGAGAAAUUUAUACAGAAUAAUAACAUAAUAUAUAAAUUAUAAAGUAAAUGCUCAUUCUAUAUUAUAUUAACUAAACUUGUUAUAACAUUUUGUUGUUCGUUGUACAGGCUGAUUUAUAAAUAAAGAGUCAAUGUAAAACUUAUUUGUAAAUAAAAUAUCUUAAAAUCCUGUUGUUAUGUUUACCAUACAAAGUUCCUAAUGUGACAUUUACGUUUAUAGAUAGUUAAUAAUUACUUAUUAUUUAAUUAUUUUAAAUAAUUACAAUAAUUAUUUUAAGUAAUAGUUCAUUGUCCUAAUAAUAUUUUUGAUAAAAUUUAUUGACAAUAAAUAUUUACGCUAUAAAAUUAUGUGUAUAAUUGUAAUAUGUAAACGAAACAAUAUUAAAGUGCAUAAGUUUAUAUAGAAUCUCAUCUCAUUAUGCUAAUAGAGACAAUAUUUGUUUAUAUUUAUUUUUCGAUAACGUAACUCGAAUAAAUUUUAUAUAUUUUGUUUCACAUAAAAAUAUAAAUAUAAAGCAACCAAAAAAAAAUACAUGUCGAAUUACUUAGAGGUACUUAUCCCUUUGAGAGAGCUGAUUACUUUUUUUUAUUUUUUUAUUGUAGUUAGAUUUCAAAUACAAUUUAAGUACCUAUCUAUGAAUUUAUAGUAUGGAUUUAGUGCAAUUAUUAAGUUGUUAAUAUGAAACAUAUCACGUAGUUUGAAUCGAUGAAAUAUUAUUAUGGUAGAUACUUUUGUUAUCGCUAGAUAAGUAUACUCAAUUGUGAAUAAUAAUGACCUAAUUAUACCUACUUGAAGCACAUGGUGUAGCUUACAGUGGAUAUAAUACAGCUCUGACGUUAUUGAAACUGCCUUAGUAAUAAGAUUAUGAUUUUGUAAUAUAUAUAUAGGUAUGCAGCUUUUAUUUUAUUAUUGUAUUGAGAGGAUUAUAUAUUUUUGUAUGCUAUUUGCUGACGUGGAAAAUGCUGGUUAAUAAACUAAAUGCCUCAACCGAAGUAUAUGCUAGAACCAUAAGAAUAAAUAAUCUGGGACAAAACUUAAGUUAUACAAUAAAUAUACGUGUAACGGGAAUUUUAUUAACUAACUAUAAUUAUCGUACAAUUGUUUCGAUAAUAAUUAUUAAUAUCUUAAAAAAAAAGAACAGAAGUUUUAACAAUAAUAAAUAUUUUUGUAAAAUUUAUCAAAUUCAUCUACUACAGUACGCCCUAUUUUAAAAGUUGAGGAACUACAAUAAAAUUAUACACAAAAUCCGACAAAAUAGAACCUAAAAUGUUAAUGGAUUUAUUGCCACCUUAAUAAAUAAUUUCAUCCAUAUUUUUUUUUUUAUUAAAAAAAACAUCCUGUAUGUAUUCGUAUAAAAAAUAUAAAAAUAUAUCUUAGUUUUGAAACUUAUUUAGUAAACAAUUGGGUGUGACUGUCUCAAAAAACAUGGCUAUUAUAAUUUUAUUUUGUUAAGUUUUUAUAACAUUCUAAAAGUUUAUGCCUUUCAUAUUUAUUUUAGAAUGUAUUUAUGUAGCUAAUAAAACUUCCACAAUUUAUGACGAAUCUAAUAACAAUUAUUAAAAUUUAUCAAGCCAUUACGGCUAUGUGUUGUUACAAAUACAGACAGUGUUAUUACGUAUACUAAAAUUGUAACGAAGCCAAAACUGUACCAUUUAUAGAAAUAGAGUUAGGGAUAUGUAGUACACGCGAUACUGAACUGAAAACGACGGGGUUUGAAGUUUGUCAGUCUAUUUGUAGGUGUAAUUGAUUGUGAUUAAUUUUUCAGAGUAUAUAUAUUAAGGUCAACAUAUGAACUAUAAAAAAUUUAAAAUGUUACUUUUCAAAGGAACUAAAUUGUUAAAUUAUUAUUAAUAGUAAUUAGGGUAAAUCGUUAGACUGGUAUAAAAAUCCUAUAUCCUACUCUAUCCCAAAUAGAUAAAUAUAGUAACAUUAGUAUUGAUUGAGUUGUUAAGGUAUUACGAGGUUAUAAACUAACUCACUUUCACAUUUACAAUGUUAAUAAAAAUGUAAAAAACUACAUGCGAACACAGCUAGUACAUACAAAACUAAAAUAACAUUAUUGUCGUUUCAUUGGUGGUCAAGUAAAAAGUGCAACCCUUUUUUGUAUCUAUGAAUUGUCAUACUAGCAAAAAAUUUUAACAUAUGAUGCAUUACAGAUGCAGAUUAUUUCAUUUAAAACAUGUUAAUUGUUUCUACUAACUACUCGUUAUUCCGAUAUGGGUUUCAUGUUUUUAUCUUUUAUAUUUGAAGAUUAAAUAUAUUUAAAUUUUUAGAAUUUUUAUAUUUUGUUAUUAAAUUUAUAUCAAAAUAUUAUAACGCCGUAUUAAGAUUCGGAACUGUAUUUAAUUUUGAAUUCUGUGUAAUAUUGAAAAAAAAAUUUACAUACAACAUCAUUCAAAUAAAGUACAGUAUAUGAUGUAUUCAACGAAUUGGUAGGUACUUGUCAAUUAAGUAAAUAGUUUACAUUAUAUUUUUGCAACUAAUCUAAAAAACGUACGUAGUAAGAAAUUGUAUUACUCAUCGUGAGUAGUAGAUAUAGCUAGCUAUUGAAUGCAUUUCUUCCACAAAUUAUGAAAAUAUUUCUGUAUUAUUUUAAUUGUAAGAUCGUUAUUAAACACUUUAUGUGACA